AUGGCAGGCCACCACGACCCGAAGCUUCUGUACACAAUCGCCAAUGUCAAGGCAUACCACAUUCAAGGUGGAGAAGAGCAGGACUUGACUCCUUCUGGCCCGCAAACCCUGUCUCUGCUCAUGGUGCCCACCUCGUCGCCCUUCUCAGACCUGUCCUCGACCAUCCCCCAGAACGAAAUCCCCGAGAAUGACUUCUACCUGCACCUCAACCUGCCCCCGGAGCUGGAUCUUCCCAUGCCAGCCACCACCCAGGUCUACCACCAGCCUCCCCACUCAUACCUGAUCCCUCGCUGGGACCUGGGUGCCGACAGCGGCAUCUUCACGAGAAUCACCUUUGACAAGAACAUCUCGUCCGAAGACCACGAUACCUUCGAAACCAUCCUGGCCCAAUGCACCGCUUUCCUCGAACGCGCUGCCCCACCCAAGCCAUCUCGCCCUCUGGAACAAUACGACCCUAGGGACUACGCCCCCGGCGGUAAGCACCACGACGCCAAGGGUGCUGGACACGGCCAAGUCGUCCUCAUUGACGAAGACAACGGUAGUGUCAUUGGCGAGCUGGCUGGUGACGCUCACAUUGUCGAGGACUCGUCCCUUAACCAGGGAACCAAGAACCCGGUCGAGCUUGAAAUCUCGGCCGACGGUAAGCGCAUCAGCGUCAUGCCCAUCAGCGAGGAGUACCUGCAGAUGGCCCGUCACCCCGCCUACAAGGACAGCGGCAUGGUACAGAACGCCGCAACCGCCUCUCGCUUUAUCGUCACCUCAAGCAGCCGUCUCGGUAACAUUCUGACUGCUGGCGCUGAGAACUUUACACAGAAGGUCAAGCCCGCAGCCAAGCCCAUGGAGUUCAGUCCUGCUGCCCACGAACGCGUCCGCAAGAUCAACGCCUUCACCAACAGUGCCGCCGGUAUGUCUGCAAAAACUGUUGGCCAAGCCUCCAAGUACGCUCAGAACAUCGGUGCCAGGUUCGGCGGAAAGAACCAAGAUCGUGCCAAGAAGGGCUUUGAUGUCAAUGGCAGGCCUCUUGCGCAGGAAGAGUACAAGCCUGGUCUUCUGAACAGGAGUAUGAUUGCCUUUUCUACCAUCGCUGAUGGUAUAGCCACCAGUGGUAAACAUCUGCUCGAGCAGAGUGGUACUGCUGCAACGACUGUCGUUGGCCAUCGCUAUGGUGCCGAAGCCGGAUCUAUCACUUCCAGCUUGGCUGGCGGUGUCAAGAAUGUCGGUCUCGUCUACAUUGAUGUAACUGGCGUCUCUCGUCGCGCCGUGUUGAAGUCGGUCGCCAAAGGCAUGGUUGUAGGCAAAGUACGCAAUGGCGGCCAAGUCAUUGUUGGCGGUGGAGACGGUGGCGUGGUCGAAGACGAGGACAUGAGAAAAGCAGGCCUCAAAAACGAUGGACAGCCUGCUCAAGGGCCAGGCUAUGGAAAUGUCGGUAGCGUCGAAGGAUAUGGCAUGCACAGCGGACCACCAGCUUAUGAGAGCGGAGUCGGCGAGUCCAUCGCUGGUCAACCUGCAUCGCAACGCGACCUGAAGGGUAAAUACGCAUGA